AUGUCGGAAAAUACACCUUUUUAUUCGAGCAAUGUCUACGACGAGAAGACGAUGGCAACUUCGUCAGAGCUCGGCUACAGGCAGACUUACAUCAAGAAUCUCAUCGAUGAAAUCCCAUCUGAACUAGGCUCGGUCGACGACACCCGCACCUUUGUACAAAGUCUUCUGCAGUAUCGCCGGGUAUUUCCCGGGACUGUGAUGAAGGUCAACGAGCAGUUGCUGUGGACUGGCGAGGAGCUUCACAGGACCAAUAAGGAGAACUUGAUUAAUGAAAUGAAAGAGUAUGGGUUCACGCCCUCGCAGGCAGGGCAGAUUGCCAAGGACCUUCUUGAGGUCCGUGAUCAUUACAAGGAGAUGAAGAAGGCAAGGGACAAGAACCCUAACGCCACGGUCGUUUUCAAGCCUAAGACAGUCCCUGAAGCCCCCCCGGGCGCCAUAGUUUUUGCAGGAUUAUUCAUGAUGCUUGGUCUGUUUAUUGUUCAUAAGAUUCUAAGGUUUAUUAUAUCAUAA